AUGAGAUGUCAGAGUGGGGGCCGGGCCGGCACCGGCCACAAGCUCAGGGUUGGGGCACUUUGGGUAGUGGAGAAGGGUGAAACUAAAAGUACAACAUACAGAAAAUACAUCCACCAAGACAUACAAACAAAUCUUAUCAAGCUGCAAAACCAACCCAUAAACGGCGACAAGCACGUACCUAGUCACACUGGGCCAGAGCGCAAAAUCCGCAUCAUCAAUCUCCGGGACUACAAGAUGAACGAGAUAAUCUUUCCACUCCAAAACCUUCUCGGCCAAGGGACUGAAGCUGGUUUUCAGCAUCACACUCUGAGUGCGAGAAUUUUCCUUGAGAUACUUCCUCCUCUCCUCCACAGGCAGACCGAAGAAAUCUCCACAUCAACUAAGAAUAAGAUGAACUACAGUUAUAGGACUAAAAUAUUCAUCAGCCUUAAUAUUACAUGA